CACACAUACCGGCUCACGCCCUCUCUCUCUGACUAGCAGCUCCCUCCUGGCUUGGAGAGAGGAGCUCUUUUGUUAUUCAAAUCACACACUCCAGCCUGUGGCUGAGUGCAGCAGGCCGGCUCUAGCCACACGAUUCUUUUUCUCCUCCUUCUGAUAUCGGAUGAUCCACAGCGAGCGAGCAGCCGGAGAAUUCCUCUGUUCCUUGCCGAAGGGGCUGUGCCAUCCCUGGGCUGUUUGGAGCCCGUGGGAGUUGGUGCUUUGUUGCCCCUCACCUCGCCUUUGCUUCCAGCUCAAUUCUGCCUUGUUCGGGGCACUCCUCAGCCUGCAAGCUGGCCCUGCUUUCAGACCGUCCCCUCUGCAUGCUUCCUCUGCCCCAGCAUUUCCAUUCGGACGGCGCUUGUUGCUGAUUGGCAAGGUUGCCAGUAUGGGCUUUUCAGAACCGUAUUAACCGGACGAGCAUUCAGAGAACGGGGGUGGGGGAGGGGAGCUCUGUCAUCUUCUUGGAUAUUGUAAUCUUCAAGCUUCGGGAUUUCUGAGCCGGGAGCAGCCCUUGGCCAUGGAGGUGGGCAAGAUGACCGUCAGCAUCAAUAAGGCCAUUAACACACAGGAAGUGGCUGUCAAGGAGAAACACGCCAGAACAUGCAUCCUGGGAACCCACCACGAGAAAGGAGCUCAGACCUUCUGGUCUGUCGUCAACCGACUGCCCCUCUCCAGCAAUGCCGUGCUCUGUUGGAAGUUCUGCCACGUGUUCCACAAGCUCCUCCGCGAUGGACACCCAAAUGUCCUGAAAGACUCUGUGAGGUACAAGAACGAGCUGAACGACAUGAGCAGGAUGUGGAGUCAUCUGAGUGAGGGCUAUGGGCAGCUGUGCAGCAUCUACCUCAAACUGCUGAGAACCAAAAUGGAGUUCCAUACGAAAAACCCCCGGUUCCCAGGCAAUCUCCAGAUGUCUGACCGGCAGCUCGAUGAGGCAGGAGAAAACGACGUCAAUAACUUCUUCCAGCUGACGGUGGAGAUGUUUGACUAUUUGGAGUGUGAGCUGAACCUAUUCCAGACCGUAUUCAGCUCCUUGGACAUGUCUCGCUCCGUGUCAGUCACUGCUGCUGGCCAGUGCCGGUUGGCCCCGCUGAUACAGGUGAUCCUGGACUGCAGCCAUCUCUAUGACUACACUGUUAAACUCCUCUUCAAGCUGCACUCCUGCCUCCCCGCUGACACACUACAGGGCCACAGGGACCGUUUCCUGGAGCAGUUCAGAAAGUUGAAAGAUUUGUUCUAUCGCUCCAGCAACCUGCAGUACUUUAAACGGCUGAUUCAGAUCCCACAGCUCCCAGAGAAUCCUCCCAACUUUCUGCGGGCCUCGGCUCUUUCGGAGCACAUCAGUCCCGUGGUGGUCAUCCCGGCUGAGGCCUCGUCCCCAGACAGCGAGCCCAUCACCGAUCUAGUGGAGACAGACACAGCGUCACAACAGAGCUUGUUUGACAAUAAGUUUGAUGACAUCUUUGGCAGUUCGUUCAACGAUCCUUUCAACUUCAGCGGUCAGAAUGGGAUGAACAAGGAUGACAAGGACCGGUUGAUUGAGCAGCUGUACCAGGAGAUCAGUGCGCUGAAGGAGGAGCUGGAUAACUUCAAGGCAGAGAGCCAUCGCCUAGGGGUGCAGCUGAGGGGACGGAUCAGCGAGCUGGAGGCAGAGCUAGCGGAGCAGCAGCACCUCAAGCAGCAGGCCCUGGACGAGAGCGAUUUCCUGCGCACCGAGCUGGAGGAGCUGAAGAAGCAGUGGGAGGACACUGAGAAAGCACAGAGGAGCCUGACGGAGAUUGAGAGGAAGGCGCAGGCUAACGAGCAACGGUACACCAAGCUGAAGGAGAAGUACAGCGAGCUGGUGCAGAACCAUGCUGACCUGCUGCGCAAGAACGCAGAGGUCACCAAGCAGGUAACGGUAGCGAGACAGGCCCAAGGCGAUGUGGAGCGGGAGAAGAAAGAGUUAGAGGACUCCUUCCAGCGCGUGAGCGAGCAGGCCCAGAGGAAGACUCAGGAACAGGCAGAGGUCUUGGAAACCUUGAAGAGAGAGCUCACAGCCAGCAAGCAGGAGCUGCAAGCCCUACAAAGCACUCUGCAAUCCAGUUUGCAGUCGGAAGCAGAGCGUAGCACCAGGACAGUGGGCUUGGAGCAGGAGAGAGACACCCUGGUGGUGGCAGUGACCCAGCGCAGCCAGGAAGUGACGGCAUUGCAGGCCGAGCUGCAGCAGCUGAAGGACGCCCUGGACAGCGAGAAGGAGAGCAGCAGUAAAUCGCUGGAGACACUGCAGACCCGGCUGGGAGAGAAGGAGAGCCGUGAGCAAGCCCUCCAGCAGCGGCUCCUGGACGAGCAGUUUGCCUUGCUGCAGUGCACGGUGCAGGAGGCAGAGCAGAUGGUGCAGGACUCUCUGAACCGACUCGAUGACCCCGCCCACAUCAGCUGCACGAGCUCUGCAGAUUAUCUCCUGUGCAGAACGUUGGCUGCCUCCGACUGCAUAGAGCGGCUCCAGGGCGCGCAUGGCAAAUACCUUUCCAACCGCUCAGAUGUAAGCAGCCUGUUGCCAUGCGUGGCCCUGUUUGCCCAUCUCAUCAGCGACACCAUCUUGCAGGGCAGUGCCACCUCACACAUGGUCCCUAUGGAGCCUGCUGACCUGCUGUCGGAGAUGUGUAAGCAGUGCGGGAGCGAGGCCCUGCACUACCUUGGUGCCCUGAAAGACGAGGCUUCCCUGGGAGGCGCUGACUGCACUGCUGUCAGAAACUGCCUGAGCCGAAUCAGCGCCCUCGGAGAGGAGCUUCGGCCCAAAGGCCUGGACGUUGAGCAGGAGGAGCUGGGGGACCUGGUGGACAAGGAGAUGGCAGCUACGUCAGCAGCUGUCGAGACAGCAGUUGCCAGGAUAGAGGAUAUGCUCAGCAAGUCUCGGGCUGGGGACACCGGGGUCAAGCUGGAGGUCAAUGAGAGGAUUCUGGGCUCCUGCACAGACCUGAUGCAGGCUAUCCAGGUGCUAGUCCUGGCUUCUAAGGACCUCCAGAGGGAGAUUGUGGAGAGCGGAAGGGGCGCGGCUUCCCCCAAGGAGUUCUACGCCAGGAAUUCCCGCUGGACGGAGGGCCUGAUCUCCGCGUCCAAAGCCGUGGGCUGGGGAGCCACCGUCAUGGUUGACGCCGCUGACCUGGUGGUGCAAGGAAAAGGCAAAUUCGAGGAGCUGAUGGUGUGUUCUCAUGAGAUCGCGGCUAGCACUGCCCAGCUGGUGGCUGCCUCUAAGGUGAAAGCGGAUAAGGACAGUUCUAACCUGGCCAGGCUCCGGCAGGCAUCACGAGGAGUCAACCAGGCCACUGCCGGGGUGGUGGCCUCCACCAAGUCAGGGAAGUCUCAGAUUGAGGAGAAAGACAGUAUGGACUUCUCCAGCAUGACACUAACUCAGAUCAAGCGCCAGGAAAUGGACUCGCAGGUGCGAGUGUUGGAGCUGGAAAACCAGCUGCAGAAGGAGCGCCAGAAGCUGGGAGAACUCCGCAAGAAGCAUUAUAAGCUAGCGGGCGUGGCGGAGGGCUGGGAUGAGGACGCUGCAGAGUAGCUUCCCAUGCCUGAAUCAGCGACCGACGGGCACCCCUUCAGUUGGCCGUGACCCAGCUUGGUGCACCUCUUCCUGAAGAUACAAAUAAACCGGUGCAAAAUCCUCCUUGAAGCACAUGUCCUCUGCGUUCCCAAGGACCCUCCUCCAGCGCACCCGGCCGGGCAGCCGCCCCACCCUCCACUGGGCAAGUAGAAAGUGCGGAGGCUUGAAGUGCCCGGAGCAAGGCUCCCACAUGGCAGCGCCGGCUCCCCACGGCCACGGGACACAGACUCUGCCCGCGUGUUUAGUGCACUGCUUUGGGUCCCGACUGUAGGCCCUGGUUUGUUCUUGCACAGACUCUGAACCGAUUCUUCCUCGGCGACACGAGCCAGGACGCACCCUGUGCCCUGGCGACAGCAGCUCCGAUCUGGUGGGGGGGGCUAGGGCUUUCUGACCCCACUGUGCUUCGCCAGCCCCCCGCCAGACGGUGCCUGUGUCAGGCUGGGCAAGGCAUGGAAAUGCAGCCGAGCCGCUUCUCCUGCUGGCGAGGCCAGGCAGGCACUGGGCUUGGUGCUGGGCACACUGCCCUCCCCACCCCCACGCUCCUUCUCCCUCUCCCACUUGCUGUUCUAAGCUGGCCCUGUGCAGCCGAGAGCCCGUGGGGGGCGUGCUGCACCCGGGGGUGGACGACGAGUGCCUUUCACUGCUGGAAGAGGGCCAGCGGGCCACAAUAACACCUCAUCCGCGAGUGUCUUACUGCACUUGGAACGGGGCCGUCCCAGGGCAGCCGGCCUCCAGCUGCGGGGAGCUGCCAGCGGAGCCCCAGCACGCAGUCCAGGGAAGCCCUGGUCCCUUAAAGCCAUGUGUUAGACAGCCGCUGGGGGAUGGGCUGCGGAGACGCUCCCCCAAGCAGAGGGCAGCGCCCGCCCCUGAGCCCCCGGUGACUCGACCGGACGGCAUGGAAGAGGGUCUGCUGAGCUCCUCGCCUGGUCCUGGGAGCUGGCCCAGCCCCACCCCAGAGCAGGGAGCUGUCCCAGCCUGGUGCCUGGAGCAGAUCACUGUGUUAGUGCCAGCAAUAAACCACUGACAGGUGCUUGCCCCGGCACAAGCAGGAGGCGUCUCUGAGAUCCUGCUGCUCCGUCCCAGCCUCUGCCCUUGCCAGCGGGGAGAGUUACCCAGGCCGCCCCUGCGGGUAGUACGCGGAGCUGCCCCACCAGCUCUGAUCCCCGCCCAGUGGGAAGGGGCACUUGGACCCUGGCUCCUGGCAGCCUACACCCAGCUGCCAGUUCUCACUGAUCUGAGCAGCACGGCUGGUGCAGAUUGCAGCCGACUGGUGCUGGACUGACCCUCGGUGCCUUCCGGGGGCUGCUCUAGAAUUGGGAACAAGCACGGUCCCCUUCGCUGCCUCUCUGCCCUCCAUGCUGGCACACAGCUGGGCAUCGUCUGGGCACUGUGAGCCCGCGGGGGCAGCCCAUGGCCCGGGGAGCUGCUGUAGGGUUUGCUUGGGAAGCCAGGGAUGGGAGCAGAGCCGCGACCCCUGGGAACACCUCCCUUCCCUUCUAGACAGGGCAGAGGAGGCUGAAGCCGCUUGGUGGCCUGUAUCAUUUCACCCCUUUCGAGGCAGCGAAGCCAAAGGCAACCCGGGGUCCUUUCGGCUCCCCGCUGAACUCCUUGGGG